AUGGCUCCUCCAGCAGUUUUAAAGAAAUCCGGUGUUAUCUACGGUCAAGAUGUCAUUGAUUUGUUCAACUAUGCCCAAGAAAAAGGUUUCGCUAUCCCAGCUAUUAACGUCACUUCUUCUUCCACUGUUGUUGCCGCUUUAGAAGCUGCCAGAGACAACAAAGCCCCAAUCAUCUUGCAAACUUCCCAAGGUGGUGCCGCUUACUUUGCCGGUAAGGGUGUUGACAACAAAGAUCAAGCCGCUUCCAUUGCUGGUUCAAUUGCUGCUGCUCACUACAUUAGAUCAAUUGCUCCAACUUACGGUAUCCCAGUUGUUUUGCACACUGAUCACUGUGCUAAGAAAUUGUUGCCAUGGUUCGAUGGUAUGUUGGAAGCUGAUGAAAAAUUCUUUGCUGAAAACGGUACUCCAUUGUUCUCCUCCCAUAUGUUGGAUUUGUCUGAAGAAUCUGAUGACGAAAACAUUGCCACUUGUGCCAAAUACUUCAAGAGAAUGGCUAAAAUGAACCAAUGGUUGGAAAUGGAAAUUGGUAUCACUGGUGGUGAAGAAGAUGGUGUCAACAACGAACACGUUGAAAAAGAUGCUUUGUACACUUCUGCUGAAACCGUCUUCAAGGUUUACGAAGCUUUGCACCCAAUUGCUCCAAACUUCUCCAUUGCUGCUGCUUUCGGUAACGUCCACGGUGUUUACAAACCAGGUAACGUUCAAUUGAAACCAGAAAUCUUGGGUGACCACCAAGCUUAUGCUGCUAAACAAAUUGGUACUACCGCUAAACACCAUUGUACUUGGUCUUCCACGGUGGUGUCUCGGUUUCUACUCAAGAAGAAUUCAACACUGGUAUCAAGAAUGGUGUUGUCAAGGUCAACUUGGAUACUGAUUGUCAAUUUGCUUACUUGUCUGGUAUCCGUGACUACAUUGUCAAGAACAUUGAAUACUUGA